AUGGCUGAUGAAUGUUAUUCACAACCAUUAGAUAUUGAAUCUUCAACUGUUCUCAUUACUGGUGGUUCAGGUGGUAUUGGUUUUGGCCUUGCACGAUGUUUUGUUCAAGCAGGUGCUACUGUUAUAAUAACAGGCCGUCGUGAAGAACAAUUAAAAGAAGCUGUUGAUGAAUUAAAUCGUAUUGGAAAGAAAAAAGUCAUCUCUCAUAUUAAUGAUGUUGAAAAAUCCCAUGAAAGACAAGCUUUAUAUGAAUGGAUAAUCUGUGAAUAUCCUCAAACAAAUAUUCUUAUUAAUAAUGCAGGUAUUCAACAACGUUCUCCAUUUAUUCCAAAUGAAAUAGCAUCAGAAAAUAUUUCCUGGGAAGAACGAGAAAAAGAAAUUCAAAUAAAUAUAUCUGCACCAAUGCAUUUAUCUCAUUUAUUUAUAAAUCAUUUUCGAAAAAUGAAAACAACAACAGCUAUUAUGAAUGUAUCAUCAGGUUUAGCUUUUAUGCCAUUAGCAUCAGUACCAAUUUAUUCAGCAACAAAAGCUGCUAUACAUUCAUUUACAAUGAGUUUACGUUAUCAAUUAAUGAACGAAAUAAAGAAUAUUCAAGUUUAUGAAAUCAUACCACCAGCUGUACAAACAAAUCUUGGUGGUAGUCAUGCAUUUGGUGAACCACUUAUGGAAUAUUGUCAAGCAACAUUUGAAUGUUUAAAAAAAGGUCGACAAGAAAUUGGUUAUAAAUUUUCAGAUGAAACAAGAAAAAUGACUUCACGUGAAAAUGCCGACAAAUAUUUUAUCAAGUUUAACGAUAAUAUGCACAAAACAAUUCAAAGUCAAAAACAUUAA